AUAUUUCGGCCGCAAUGAAUUUAAAGUCACCGAUAACUAACUAGUAAUUUUUUUUCAGCAGUAUUUUUCUGAAUAGUCGGUAUAAUUGUGUAUGGUGCAUCUAAUAACGUACAUAACUGCGCAGUCGAUAUUAUUGAACCAGACUCUUGGCUACGAAAAAACAAGUUUGUAAAUAAAACUUGAGUAUGGCAACCCGUGUAGUAUGGAAGUCUUUGGUAUUUGUCACAUUCAUUAUCGCACUAACUACCACAUUUAUUAUAAACCCUUAUUGUCGGUGUUUCAUGUCCAUUAAUAUUUUUGGUAGUUUUCUAGCAACCUUCAUCAAUUUCUGGAGCCACAGUCAGUACCACGACGACCAAUGUUCUAUUGGAUCACUCUUAUGUUUAACAAAGGUUGGAUCCGAUCGAGCGUGUGCUGAAUGGUUAUUGAAAAAUGGAGCUGCAAUCAAGUGGACAGAGGGUGGACCUUUGCUUUCAGAUUACAAUGCUCUUCCGUCAUUAGACGAACCACGUAAACAUAUUCAAGUAGUUGAUGCUACUGAUUCUGCAAUCAGCCACAUUGGCUUCCCACAUUUCAAGGGAUGCAACCACAUAAACGAAGUGAAGUUAGUUAACUGUGUCUAUAUUGAGGAUCCAGCCAUUCCUCUUCUUUCUAUCUUAAAAGACAGUUUGAAUAAUCUCGAAGUAAACAACUGUGCAAAUAUUUCGGAGAAGGCUCUGAACAAAAUAGAUAAACUCUCAAACUUGAAGACAUUGAAACUGGGAAAUCUGCCACUCAUCAAAGAUAAAAACAAAGUUAUAGAAAAUCUUACUAAAGCUUUACCAAAUUGUGACAUCGUUUACAACUAGAGUUCUCUCGACAAAAUAUCAAUGUAAUUUCAUGUAUUGUAUAUUUCAACGUUUUUUUGCGUCACGAAAUGCGGGGGAAAUAUAGGAUUGUUUUAAAUAUGUAUACCUAUAAUAAAUGAUUGACUCCACUUUUGAAAUAACA